CGUACAUGCCGCAGUAGAACUGCGACGAGAACGCAGGCAGCAAGGGGAUCAUGGCUGUGUCGCAGCCCAAGCAGGAAAAAGAGGGCGACGACUGCUCUUUGCUGCCUUUGGUUCACGAUAUAAUUAAAUGCAUGGACAAGGAGAGCCCGGACGUGCACCAGGAGCUGAGCAAGCUCAAGACAAAGAUCCAGGAGGCACGGGAGCAGAUCUCUGCCAUGCCCGGCAUCGAGAGCAGCCCAGUGGAGCAGCAGCAGCAGCUGGCGACGCUGCGGGAGCAGGUCCGCACCAAGAACCAGCUGUUGCAGAAAUACAAAAGCCUCUGCAUGUUCGACGUACCCAAAGCGUCUUGAAUUCAGA